UCAAGGACUCCAAAGGGUCCGGGGCAACUGCCACCCCUCCUCCGGUCGAGCCCCAUUCCGGGCAGAUGCCUCUAGCCCCGGCCCCGAGCCACCUCGGGCUUGCGGCCGCCUUCCCCGGUGCGGCAUGAGCAGACCUGCAGCCGCCGCGGGGCCCCAUGGAGGAGCAGCCGCCGCCACCGCCCGUCCGCCCGGCGGUGAGCACGGCCUUGUCGGGCAGCCCACACCCCGGCGCCCCCUCCGUGGCCGGCACGCCUGGCGGGACUUCCUCCGCGGCGACGGCGGCGGCCGUGCUCUCCUUCAGCACCGCGGCGGCCGCGGCGCUGGGGAACCAGAGCGACGGGAGCGGGGGCGACAGCACUGGCGCCCCGGCUGGCGGCGGCCUUGGAGGGCGCGGGGCGCCGGGGGCAGCGGGGAGGCUGCCGCUGGGCCCCGAGGCGGCGCCGCUGUUGUCGCACGGGGCGGCAGUGGCGGCCCAGGCGCUCGUCCUCCUGCUCAUCUUCCUGCUGUCUAGCCUGGGCAACUGCGCCGUGAUGGGGGUGAUCGUGAAGCACCGGCAGCUCCGCACCGUCACCAACGCCUUCAUCCUGUCCCUGUCCCUGUCGGAUCUGCUCACGGCGCUGCUCUGCCUGCCCGCCGCCUUCCUGGACCUCUUUACGCCGCCCGGAGGCCCGGCGCCCGCCGCCGCCGCGGGACCCUGGCGCGGUUUCUGCGCCGCCAGCCGCUUCUUCAGCUCGUGCUUCGGCAUCGUGUCCACCCUCAGCGUGGCCCUCAUCUCGCUGGACCGCUACUGCGCCAUCGUGCGGCCGCCCCGGGAGAAGAUUGGGCGCCGCCGCGCGCUGCAGCUGCUGGCGGGCGCCUGGCUGGCGGCCCUGGGCUCCUCCUUGCCCUGGGAGCUGUUCCGCGCGCCCCAGGAGCCCCCGGCGGCGCAGAGCUUCCACGGCUGCCUGUACCGGACGUCCCCAGACCCCGCGCAGCUGGGCGCGGCCUACAGCGUGGGGUUGGUGGUGGCCUGCUACCUGCUGCCCUUCCUGCUCAUGUGCUUCUGCCACUACCACAUCUGCAAGACCGUGCGCCUGUCCGACCUGCGGGUGCGGCCCCUGACCACUUACGCGCGCGUGCUGCGCUUCUUCAGCGACGUGCGCACCGCCACCACUGUGCUCAUCAUGAUUGUCUUCGUCAUCUGCUGCUGGGGGCCCUACUGCUUCCUGGUGCUGCUGGCUGCGGCCCGGCAGGCCCAGGCCACGGAGGCCCCCUCGUUCCUCAACGUGGUGGCCGUCUGGCUGACCUGGGCCAAUGGGGCCAUCAACCCUGUCAUCUACGCCAUUCGCAACCCCAACAUUUCGAUGCUCCUAGGACGCAGCCGGGAAGAGGGCUACCGGACUAGGAAUGUGGACGCUUUCCUGCCCAACCAGGGCCGGGCUCUGCAGGCCAGAAGCCGUAAUCGCCUUCGAAAUCGCUGUACUAACCGCCUGGGGGCCUGCAGCCGGACGUCCUCUUCCAAGCCGACCAGCGCUAUGGGAGGGGAUGUGGCCAUGUGGGCUCGCAAAAAUCCAGUUGUGCUUUUCUGCCGGGAGGGGCCACCAGAGGCUGUGACAGAAGCGGCCAAACAGCCUAAAUCCGUACCCGGGGAUACCAGUCUCUAAGAAGGGUUGGGCUGCACAGCUUGUGAAGGCAAAUUUUCACCCACUUCGUUUAAAACACAGGAUUCCGGGAAGAAUCGUGUAUUUCAUAAAACGAAACUAAAAGAGACAGGAAGGCUUACCACUUCCCCCCAAAAACAUACAAAAUUUCCCUUCCUUCAGAAGUGCCCAAAGGAAUGUAAAAUGCAAAAAUUAAAACAAUCGUAAACCACACAACCAAGCAUUGUGAACUGUAAGUGCCAAAAGUGACAAAAAUAAAAUUCACAAUUACUGAAUAGCUAAUAUUACAGAACUCACACUGUGAAACAAACAAAAUUAUUAAAUGCAACUGGUAUUUGUUCAAAUAUGUAGAGUUCCAGGAAAGAAUGGAGACCUUAAAAAUUGCUUGAAGGCCUCUCUAAAUCACCAGCAUUCCACAGAACUUCAGAUUUCUAGAACUUGCACCUCUGACACAUGCUUUGGGUGCUUAAGUUAGGAGUAUAAAUUCUUAUCUUUACUUUGGUGCGUUUCCUCCCCCCUCCCCUCACCCUCCCCCUAUAAUCUUUGUGGGAAAUUUUAAUUAAUAUACUACUUAAACCCAUUUUAGGAUUUUGAAAAGGUGGUUUAUUACUAUAAAAUUCAACCAUUUGAGGCCCAAAUAGAAGUAUGAACAUGAAGAAAUGUGGCUGUUUGAAAAAGUAUUCUAGAAUUAUACUUAGAAAUUAAUGUCCCCCCCUUGGACUCCCAAUAUUAUCUGCCUUGGAAGCUUUGAGUCUUUAACUUUAUUCUAACAUGCUACUUUUGUUUCUAAUGAUUUAGGAGUUCUGCUCAGAGAAAGCUUCCACAUUCUUAAAAAAUAAUUUUCAUGAUAGAAAAAUCUUUGCUUUGGAGGUAAAUUUGAUUUUUGGAUGCAACCAAAUGUAAUCUGAAGUCAAGUUGAUUGAAUCAGGUGAGUAAUGCAUAUAUACAUAUAUGAGAGGUCUAUAAAGUAACCAACUUGGCUAUCCUAUGUAGCUUUUGACUAACCGAAGAUGAUUCUAAAGAAUUCAAAAAAUUUUUUGAGAAGUGGCUGCAUUCUUGGAAGAAGCAUAAAGGUCUCCAAGAAGAUCAUGUUCUCUUACAUUUGGAAGGUUGGGAACAUUUGUUUAAAAAAAAAGUGGUUACUCUAUAGACAAGACAUCUAAAAUAAUGUGUUCUUUAUUUGAAAGGAGAAUGGCUGUGAGAUUAUUAUAUGUAAUAAGAGUAUUCAUAACCUAGGCACAAAGUCAGAGAGGUACUUCAAUCAAGCUGGAAAUACCUUCAAAAAGGUGCAAAACAAAGAUGCUUUUUAAAAAAAAUUCAAAAGCACAAUUUAGGAUUUGUGUGGGUGAAAUUUCUCACAUUAAAUGCCACUGUACAUAGAAUCAUUUCCUCAGAAUUUUUAAAAGAUGUUUUUGCGUUUUCUCCCUUUCUUUUCCUCCAUCUUGCCCCUCUUUUCUUCAAUAUUGCACAGCCUUCACUGAGUAAGUACUUUAAACUAUGAAACAUCAGCUCUCAUAUAAAGAUUUUAAUGUGAAAAGGACACUUUUUCCCUCAUGAAGUGUUCAAAGAUGUUUAUUAGUAUUUAAUUUUUUUGUGUGACACAUGAGUGUAUGUCAUUAUUUUGUAAUCAAAGAUGGAAAUAUAUGAUUCUUGUCAGAGCUAAAGGUGUUUUAAUUGUUUCUCUUUCUCAAGGCAUCAUCACAAUCGGAAGUUUAUAAAUUAUCUGAAUUGAUCUUGCUAUACUGAGUGUAGUACAAAGUAGGUGGGAUCAUCUCUCUUUAGCACUUAUAAAACACGUACAGACUUAAUGCAGCUGAACUCACAUUUAACAGAUAUCCUGUUAAAGGCAAAAAAGUUGUGUACUUUUUAGCAUUGUGAGAAAAUGGAAGUCACAUCUGAUAUUUAGGGAAAAAUGAUAAAGUCUUCCAAUUAUGAAAGGUAUCCUAGAGCGGGGAUUCAGCAAUUGUGAACAGAGGCAGAAAGAGAGUUAGAGAUCUUAGGGGAAGGAGGCGGGCAUGUUGCAAAAUAUGGUAUUGCCCGAGAAGAACUGAAGGAAGGUAUUUAAAAAUAAACAUGACAUGGCAUAAACCUGCCUGGUGAUUGAAGGGAAAAUCCAUGAGAUUGGAAGUGACAAGGUGGUGGCAUGAAGACUUUAGGCAGAACAGGAAUUCCCACCCUAACUCUUCGUAGGCAGAGGGUAGGAAGUUGUAGGAAGGGGGUGGCUUGGGGAGGAGAUUGUUUUGUUAGUGGUUCUAAAAGUUAUGAUUGGCAAGAAUGGGAGAGGAGAGACAGAAAGUUGGUAAUGUUACUGAGCAAUUUACAGCCUUGUGUUUGUUUUUAAAUUUGAGGCUAUACAACUGGUCAGUGAUAGAACUAAGACUUGAACCUCAGAGCCCCAUAUUCCCUUCCCCACCCUCUGUUGCCCCCACAGAGAUCAAUGACUAGGGAAACCAAGGAUGAGAAGUUACGGUACUAUCAUCACCAUCACCACCUCGGUCAUCCAUCACCAUCAUUACCACCUACUGUUUUUAUUUUGUACUUUAUGUAGAGAAACUUCCUGGAUGCUAAGGCUACUAAAAGGUAGAAAACACAGUACCCACCUUAAGGGGGCAUACAGCUUAAUUGAGGGCUUUGAGUUUUAUAAUAGUUGGCCAUAAUCAGGACUCUUCAAUUUACCUGUGGGGAAGAAAAAUUACAGCAGUUUUAGAAGUGGUUAUCGAAGAGAGGAGAUGGAUUUGGAAUAAAAAGACACGUAGGUAAAUAAAUGCCAGGAACCAAUCUGGUUUAGUUGUAAAUACGUAGAGACAAAAAUUAGUGCCUUGAACAAAAGAUGAGAAUAACUCUCAAAUAAGACUUAGACCUUUCCUUAUGACUUUGUGGGAAAAGAGGAAAGAGAAGCUAUGAAAUAUUGGGAUGUACUAAAUAAAACUUAGUACAUAAAGGCUAGAAUGUAAUCUUUCCUAUCUCAUUCUGCUCCCAGCUUAUUUAAAUUACAAGUCAUAGUCAGCAUAGUACAUACAUUAGCUUAUUUAAUCCUCAAAGCAAUCCUCCAAGGUGUGGGAGGAUGCUAAUAUUAGCACUCCAUCCACUUUACAGAUGAGGAAACUGAAGCACAGAGGUGCUAUGUGAUUUGUCUAAGAACACACAGGAAGUAAAUGCUAGAUGUAAGAUUUGUACUUAGCAGACUGGUGCCAGAAGUCCUGUCUUAAUCACUGCACGUUAUUGCCUCUCUAAUUUGUAAAAGAUAAUGGGAUACCUGGAAAAGAGCCAGGGGAUAUAAAAACAAUUAUCAAAGGGGUGGGAAAUAGAUAACAAAAUUUAAAAGAGAGAACAGCUGUAUAAGAGGCAUCUUUUCAAAAUAUAUGAAGAGAUUCUGAGCAGUUCUUUUCUAGUAUAAUCCCAGCCCUAGAUGAUCCUAUUGGUCUUCUCCAUCCCUACCCUAGGGCAGCUGAUCACAGCUGAAGAAAAAUUAUAGUGUCAGAUUAACUAGUGUCUUCUGCACCCAGAAGCCAUAGCCUGUCUGGACUCCUCCACCCUGCCCAGCAGUCUGAACCUCUUCGCUGGUCAGCUCAUUCUUUUUGCCCCUUUAGUGACCCGUCAAACUUUCUCCACUCAGACUUUUAACCAAUUCUUCUCUCUUGGAAGGCCACUUUUGUUCCUACUUCACACAGAAAAAGGAAGCCUUCAGUUAUAUAUACGCUCAUAUUUUAGCCACCAAAUGUAACAAACUAAACCGGAUUUACACCAGUUCCCAGCUGUCUUUCCAAUAAUAAAGAAGCUGUUCCCCUCCCCAGCCUCAGGAACCACAUGCUAUCAAUUAUCUCCUUUCCUUGGUAUCCUUAGCCUUUCCUGCUGAAGCAGAUCCUUCCCAUGAGCACUUAAGCAUGCCCUAAGCUCUCACUUAAAAGGCAAAAACAAAACCUCUCCUAUUUAUCCACCCCCCUUUCUCUCCCUCAGCUCUCUCCCUUCAACUAGAUUUGUCAAAAGAAUUGCCUACAUGUUUACAGACCUAAAUCCUAGUUCACAAUGCAAGAACAGCACUAUUAUGAACUCAGGUUUUUCCCCAAUCCCCUCUUCUGCCAAAUGUUAGAAAUUUAAGAUGGCAGCAUCCAGGUUCUACAGGCUUAUUUAGCACCAAGGCACAGGUGAACAUCAGUCUUCAGUGGUCAUGUCUAUGCCGGCAUCCUCUGAGGCACCCACCAGUCUUGUCUCCGGUCACAUCCACAGCAGGCUGUGUGAGUUACCCCACUCAGUCCCAGAGGGUCCAGCUCUAACUUUGGACAAACUUAGAGCUCCUCUUUGGACACAGAAAGAUUAUUACUCCAUCUCAGCAUUAACAGAGGGCUGUGGCAACCCCUAUAAUGCUGUCUUAGACUGUUUUAAAAAAUUACUUUUUAAUAUUUUUGAUGAUUUGAAACUUUUUAGUAUUGGAGGUUAAUCAAAAUAAUACAUGAAGUAUACGUUGGGAGUUCUACUUAUGGAAUGGAAUUGAAAAACUAUGUGACCUGCUCGCGGACGAAACAAGUAUAGCUGGUGGAGAAUACUGAAAAAGCUGCUACUUGAAGUCUCUGUAAAUUGUCAGAAGAGCCAAACUAUGGGUAAUGGUUACUCAAAUCCAUUUCAUCUGCUUUCACUAAUCAAGGUUGUUUUUAAGACUUGCUUGUCCUCCAAGCAAAACGUAGCAUAAACAAUAAGAUACCUGCCCGAGUUAUUUUCCAGGAAUUUGGGGUCAGCUGUGCCUAGUUUGAGCUGAGUUGGUUGACCACCGGCCCUCCAACUAGGCAUGCGCGACUGCCCGGUGACCUUUGACGUCAGAGGCUGGAAACUCCACCCUCAGAUGGUUCGAGGCCUGUAGCCUAGUUACGCCUGCGCAGAAGGCUGCAGGAGGACGAUUAACGCACCUUUUUCCAAUCACCCUUCCCACGCCCCCCGCGCUGCAGACGGCCCAGCUUCUCUCCGUUAUCCCAUAAGCACCCGCGCGCUCGCCUCUGCGGAGGGAGAGCUGCUUGUGUUUCCACCUCCUCGCUUGGCUGCCUUGUGUGGACGCCCUCUCUUUGCUGCAUGCCUCCGCGGCUUAGCCUUUGGCUUACUGUGAGUCCGGCAGGACGAACCUGAUUCGGUAGCAAGAGUAUACAGCAAAUGAAGAAACAUUUAUGCGAGAAAGUCUACUCUAACUCAGAACAGCAGGAGUCUGUGGAAUUUGAAUUAUAACCUCCUCGCUCUCUCAGCUGUGUGUGAUAGAAGCUUCCGCAAUGAAUGAGAGUUCCUGUUGCUCCACGUGCUCACCAGCAUUUGGCAUUGUCAGU